ACCUCCUACGUCCUUCACGUCCUUCACGUCCUUCAGUCAUGUCGUCGUCGAGCACGGCGCUGAAGACAUUCUCUCUAACGAAUAGCAUUCUUGAGAUAUCGCCCCAGGAUGCCAUAUACAAGUUUGAUGCAGACGAAGCCAAGCGCAUUGACCAGGAGUCGCCCUGGUCGAAAGACCCUCAUUUCUUCAAAUCAUGCAAGAUUUCGGCUGUAGCAUUAAUAAAAAUGGUCAUACAUGCGCGCUCUGGUGUGCCACACGAAAUUAUGGGGCUGAUGCAAGGCAAAGUUGUCGGAAACUCUAUUGUCAUUAUGGAUUCCUUUGCGCUGCCAGUGCAAGGCACAGAAACGCGUGUCAAUGCCGCUAACGAAGCUAAUGAGUACAUGGUGGAGUAUAUGGAGGGCAGCAACAAGGCUCAGAGACCCGAACAUGCCAUUGGGUGGUAUCAUUCCCAUCCAGGUUAUGGAUGUUGGCUCUCGGGUAUCGACGUCAAUACCCAGAUGAACAACCAAAAGUACCAAGAUCCUUUCGUUGCUGUCGUCAUUGACCCGAACCGAACAAUAUCUGCUGGCAAAGUGGACAUCGGUGCGUUCCGCACGUAUCCCGAAAACUACAAACCCCCAAGCACCGGCUCCUCUGAAUAUCAAUCGAUCCCUCUGAGCAAGAUCGAAGAUUUCGGCGUACAUGCAAACCAAUACUACCAGAUAGACGUGGAAAUAUUCAAGUCGACAUUAGAUAAUGAGUUGCUGGGAUUGUUGUGGAACAAAUACUGGGUGAAUACGUUGAGCCAGAGCCCUUUGAUCUCGAAUCGGGCAUAUGCUGUCUCACAAUUGUCGGACCUGCACCAGAAGUUGUCUAAAGUGCAAACAUCUGUCACCAAUACACGCGCGCCCAUCCCCAUCCUGCAAGAUAAGGAGGGAAGUGCAAGCAAGAAAGAGAAAGAAGAGAAGAAGAAAGAAGAUAACCAGCUCGCCAAGAGUGUCAAAGACAGCACGAAGAUUGCUGUCGAGGCUCAGCAUGGAUUGAUUGCACAAGUGAUUAAAGACGUUAUAUUUUCCAUGAGACCAAAGGGUGGAGAUGCUUCAACAGCUCAGCUAUCUGAUGUCACAGAUACAGCAAUGUCAAUCGGUUGAUACUUUUUCGAUGACACUAUUCUCGUGCUCGCAUUGUAUUUUUAGUUUUUUGCACUCGAAAGAUCUAAACGGACGC